AUGGCUUCCAGAGGGGUCCUGGUGGGCGCUGCCGGCUCGGCUAAUGAAACCCCGGAAAUACCGGACAAUGUGGGAGAUUGGCUUCGGGGCGUCUACUGUUUUGCCACCAGUAGGAAUGACUUCUGGAGGAACUUGAUCCUCAAUUUGGGACUCUUCUCUGAGGGAGUUUGGCUGGCCAGGAACUUGAGUGACAUUGACCUCAUGGCACCUCAGCCAGGGGUGUAGCCAAGUAGCCAAAAGGAAUCCUGGGCUGAAACCGAACCUUCUAAAACACAGCCUACAAUCUGUGACCAUCACAAGA